CUCCCAGCUCCUCUCCAGCUGCAGCCACAAACCAGUCAGACCAGACAUGGCAGCCGACCGGGCCGGGACGCCACCUGAGGAGGAGGAUGACUUUCAUUCCUCAGACUUGGGGUCGUUUCAGGACCACGGCUGUAGUAUCCAAAAGAGACAAGCCCGGGUCACCGUCAAGUACAACAGGAAGGAGCUGCAGAGGCGGCUGGACGUGGAGAAAUGGAUCGACGAGUGCCUGGACCGGCUCUACGCGGGACAGGAGGAUGACAUGCCAGAGGAGGUGAACAUUGAUGACCUGAUUGACCUGCCUAACGACGAGGAGCGAGCCAAAAAGUUGCAGGAGCUGCUUCAAAACUGCAAUAACAACACAGAGGACUUCAUCAGAGAGCUGGUGAGAAGGCUGGAGGGGGUUCACAAGCAGGACGAGCUGCAGAGCGAAGGCAUCGAGCACCCGAUCAUCUGCCAUAGUCACUACCGCCAUGAGCCCUACCACUUCAACAACCCCCACCAGCCCCAGCACCAGCACCAGCACCAGCACCACAGCCGGAGCCACAACCAGACCCUCUGAUCUCCCAGCACACGGCCAAGACUUUAACCCCUAAACCGAGCUUCCAGAUUCACAUAUUUAAACAAAAAAGCCCUUAAAUACUUUAACACCCAGUAAAAACAGCUAUUAGUGAUGUACCUUGCAUUCAUAGGCUCAUGUUGUUGUUCGGUGGUGCAUUUUUUUUUUUUUUUUUGUAUUACACAGUAGAAAAAAAUGCUGUCUAACACGUCAGUAACGUGAGGUUUUAGUGUUGGUCCCUCAGAAUCAAAGAGCAAGGGCUUCUUUCUAGGUUCACCGUUUUGCACUGACGUUCAACAAUCAUACAGGGAGAAAUCCGCUGAAGAGGAAGAGACAGGAGCCUCAGCAGACCGCAAUGCAAGGCAGUCACAAAACAUUUUGAUCAAGGGUGCAUUUCUUACUUUUUUUUCAACUGGAAAAACAUGCCUCUCUUGCUCUCGCUAUCAUUAUCUCCACUGCUAUCGCUAUUGCUCCCCCGCCACCGACGCAAACCCACAACUGAAUGGGAUGAGUUCAGGUAUGAAUGGCAUUGAGGGAAAUGUAGGAAAGUGAGGAAGAAGUAGACAAGGCAGACUGAGGGAAAGUAGGUGCAUCAAAAAGUAAAUCACACUGCACAUCACAGAUUAUAUUCAAGAGUAUCCAAUAAGGCAAUUUUCCUUUAAAACAAAGUCGCCUUAUAGUGAAACUGGGACAAAGUCAGGGUCAUAUGACAUUAAUGUUCCCCAUUAUACUGAACACUCAAGUCUUGUAUGCCUCCGUUUUCUGGAUAUAGAUCUGCAUGUCUGACUUCAUCCUCUGUUAAGUUGUGGUGGGCAUGAAUUGUUUUGGCUGUUAUUUCUUGCAAUGUUUACCAGCAGUGAAGAUAAACCCAACAUACCAAUAUCAAUAUACUUAGUGGUACAGUUUAACACUGGAAUCAACCAUACCUUUUAUAGCGUUUUAAUUAUCCUUUGCUUUUAUUUAUCCCCUCUAAUUUUGUGAUAAUAUAUCUGAAUUGUGUAGCUACUACAAUUUAAAUCAUGGUCAGGCACGUUCACUAAGUUUGAAUCUUAGGAUGUCUCAGUGAUAUUAGUCUUAAGCAGAUAUUGCUAAUAAAAACAUGUCAUUCACUGCUU